AAUUUUGAAAAAUCUAUAAUUAUUUCUCUCUUUAUUAAAAAUUAAUUAAUAGAAUUGGCAAAUGGGUAUUUAUGUUAUCUACGUUUAUAGCGAACCAAAUUGAUAUUUUUAUAACACGUGCACAUAGUGUACGAUUUUUUUAUGUCUAAAUAUAUACUAUAAUUGUGUACUUUUUGCAAAAAACAUCUUACAUCAAUAAAUAACUUUUUCUCCGGCAAAAAUCAAAUAUAUAUAUUUGCAAGAAAAAAGAAACUCGUGGCACUUUUAUGUUAAUGUAUUUCUGUAUCAGAUUCUUUUUCAAUAAGCUCACAUAAGUUUUUUUUAUGAUAUGACAGAAUAACAUGCGCCGCGAAGAGCCGGAAAUUUAUAUAUGAGUUUGUUGCGCAGAAGCCAGAAUGUUGGAUGCACCAAGCUUUAUCAGGAAUGGAUGCGUUGGCAGCUAGCAGAAAUAGUUGAGACUGCACUCGGAUACAUUCUCUAAAAAUGCAAUAUUAGUGUCCGAAAACUAAAUGUUUCAAUUAAAUAUUAAAUUCAUAUUAUUCUAUCGUGAUGCUUUUAAUUCGUUGCUUUUCUUUUAAAGAUAAAACGAAGUAGUGAAAGAUAUUGUGAUUAUUAUAUAAUCCACUUAAUCAUUUAUAUUUAAUUUUAAUAAAUGAUUGUGUAUUAUUAAAUUAAAGUGUCGCAAAUAUCUGAAAUGAGAAAUUUAUUAAGUAAUAUCAAUGAGAGACUGAUAAUCUUGCACCGGCACUAAAUAUAACACGUGUUGCGCGUAUAAGAAGACUUUUUACAUAUUUUCGCAAAACAUUAAAACUGUGUACGAUCUUGCGUAAGAUCUUACAUCUAAUGCGUAAGACUUAUAUAUAUUGAAAGGUUCAAAAGUGUUUGGAACAUCGCAGUUAAAAGCACCUUUCAUCAUCAUGUCAUAAAUUAUAUCUACAGAAUCUGGAUAGUAGUCCAAUAAAUGGUCAUCGUGCAUGACGCAAGCUGUUAUGCGCUCUAUGCUCAGCGCAGUUUUGCCGUAUUCUGCUUCUCUUCUCAUUGACGACGAUUGUAGACAAGUUUAAAUCGACAUGCGAGGAUGAUCGUUGAAAAUCAAAGCGUAAUAAUACAAGAAAACAUGACUAACAUAGUCCUACAAGACAUCCAACGAUAUUACACGCCGAUUCUCGUACAUUUGGGUCUGCUGGGUAACUGCCUAUCCGUAUGCGUGUUUUUCGGUACGAAACUACGUUAUUUCUCAUCCAGUAUAUAUUUGGGCGCGCUGGCGAUAAGCGAUGCCAUCUUCCUGGUGACAGUCUUUGUAGUCUGGCUCGUUAUGGUGAAAAUAGAUCUGUUCAAUCGGUGGGGAUUCAACCAAUUUUUCAUUUACCUCAGCACUCUCUCCAGCUUCCUCAGUGUGUGGCUGGUAGUGGCCUUUACCGUCGAAAGAUACGUGGCGGUCAGGUGGCCACUUCGUCGUCAGUCUUUAUGUACGGUCGCCCGAGCGAAGACCGUAGUAAUCAGCCUGACAAUAUUAGCGAUUCUGGUAUGCAGUCCGGUACUCCUGUUUUCUACAUCCAAUACGGGUGGCUGUGACUUGGACAGUAAUUGGGAAUCCUGGGCAAACGCCUACAAUACCUUCGACACAAUCAUGACGUUCGCCUUGCCCUUGACCAUGAUAGUGAUCUUCAAUACUCUGAUAGCGCGCAAUAUUUACAAGUUCGACCAUGUCCGACGAACUUUAACUAUAGAAUCCAACACUUCCAACGAUAAAGCUCAGACUCUUCGAGAUAAAAUGCCGCAGACCAAGGUUACAAAAAUGCUUCUGCUCGUGUCGAGCACAUUCUUCUGUCUCAAUAUGCCAUCGUUCGUCCUCAGGCUAAUCGCUUUUCUUUACGACUGUAACAAAUCACCAAUAUGGCUCAUUCUGGCGCAACAAAUGUGCAACCUAUUAUUCGCUACAAGUUUCGGAAUAAACUUUAUUUUUUAUUGCGCGAGCGGGCAGAAUUUUCGCAAAGCGAUGGUCGACAUGUUUAUAAAACGUUCAAAUACUAGGAGAAGCGAAACUCUUAUACAGAUGGCAAGCCAUGGAAAACAGUAUGUUUCAGAAUUCACGCAUAAAUGUAAUUCGUCGAAACAAUCGCAUUUUGACAAUGCACAACAAAAAAAUUGUCAGCAAAAGCUCUCAAUAAAUAAAGGAUUGUGAUACAGUGAAAAAUUCGUUUCAUUACAAUUAGCUGAAUAAAUCAUGUGUUAAAAGUGAUAGUUAAAAACUGAUAUAUUAUAAAGCACAGAUAUAUACAGUAUUAUAGUAUACAGAGAAGAAUAAGUUACUUACCAGCCUCAAGUUCUGUAGCUGAAAGCGGACCUACGUUUCCGAAAAAACGUUGAUCUAACAGUUGAAGAAGUUGAAGCGCCGCAUCGUGGACCGGAGCGCGAGGACAUCCUGUAUUCAUCAACGUGACAUUGAUGACGCUAGUGUAGUGAUCGCAAGGAUAUUCCCUGAAAAAGACCAAAUCAUAAACGUAUUUACAAUGUUCACGAAUCUAAUUAUUAUAUCACGAUUAUAUCAGUCUCUCCAUUGAUACAGAAGUAUGCGUCUCAAAUUUAUUCGAUAUAUGUAUAUAUCGUAUAUUUUCUCCUACUUAAUAAAACGCGAUUUUAUAUGA